AUGGCAUUCAACGCCAAAAACCUGGAAUAUAACAAGCAAGAGCCUGCUUUUCUCCGCAAAUUGAGAGGCGAAUUUGGUGGCCUGGAUGGAAGACACAAUAUCCAGAUCGCCCGUCCGAAGAAGGACAGACUCAAGACUGGCGACGAUGACGACGAUCCCGUGAUCCUAGAUGAGCAAGGUGAGCGGGUCGACAAGGCCGAAUUCGAGCGAAGGAUGAAGGAGGACGAAGUCGAAAAAGAAUUGGCGGGAGAAGUGAAUGGCGAAGGCGAACCUGAAGCCCAAGGAGAGGCCGAACGUCAGAAGGCAACCGAGAGGCAGAGAGUCACAGAGAUAGGAGCCGCCACCGGUCCGAAAAAGAGAAAGGCGGUCAAGGUCGUGGGUGAAUACGGCGAAGACGGUGAAGGCGAUAGUAACGAAAAUCAUUCAGACGACAAUAGUGGUAGUCACUCGAAGCAAGUCGCCCACAAGAAAGCCGAGGAGAGCGAAGCCAAACCUACGAAGAAGAAAGACUCUGUCACUGCGAAGAAGAAGGCGAAGAAGAUCAAAUUGUCUUUUGACGACCCAGAUGGAUGA